AUGGCCACCAGUCAGGCAUGGAAGUUAAAACACUACGGGCGUUUCGUUACGGGCUCUAGAGAAUCCAGGGGAGAGUCUUGGAAGGUAUUUGAUGCAAAAGGCAAUAAACCAGAAAUCAUCCUCACUAUUGUGGAAUCUGGAUACUUGCUGGUAUUGCAAGGACAAGAAAGCUUGGAUACAAUCCCUUUGCUCUGUGGCACUGAUACUGUCAAAGCACACCAGAAAUCUGAUAACCUGAUGUUUCGAUUUACUGCGAAAGGAAUGGGCCGCAUGAUAAGGAUGCAGUUUGAUGGAAGUUGCAGAGCAGAGGCUAUAAAGGAGUGUUCAAGUGCUGUGGAAAAACUGAUGGAGUACAUGCCUGUCACCACUCAGGACGACGUCCCGCGGCCCCCUCAUCAGUCCCCUGCUGAGGUCUCUGCACCAGUGAUACAGGGAAAUGCUGUAAGAGUUGAGCCUGAGGUUGUCCAAGGAUCAUUGUCCAUCAAGCGUCUCACCCAGGUAGCAUACUUAAAACACUUCAUGGGAGAGACUGCUGUGACUCUGCCUCAAGUCUAUCGCCAUGGUUCUUUGGCACAAGGUGACUUGGAGCCGAUCCUGCGUAUUUGUCUGCUGGAUCCCAGCUUUCCUGCAUUUGUGGAGAAGGUAGAGGGGGAGCUUGGGAAAUUGCUUCAAGAGUGA